AUGUUUGCCCAGGAGUUUGUGCUGAAACAACGGACAGAGAUACUAAAUGCACUGUGCAGCAGUGGCUCAGCUGAACUUCUGGAAAGAGUUCUGGAUCUAAUGCUGGCCCAGGGGGAGCUUGUGUGGGAGGAAUACCAGAAUGUACAGGUACCGGGUAGAACUCUGUAUACCAAUGCCCGACACUUGCUCGACCUGGUUUACACGAAGGGCGUGGACACCUGCGAAAUAUUCCUCGCAGCUUUCAAACAGGUCGUGCCAGAAGGGCAGGGGACUGACCUCCACUCCUCAGGAUGCUGUUCAGGUCCCGAAAAGAAAGACGCAUCUCAGAUCACAGCGACCCAAACCCUAUUGAUUGAUAGACCGAGCCUUGUCAGCAGCCUACAGGACUGCAUUGCCGGUGCUUUAGAGGCUCUCACUGUGUCCGGAACCUUCACCUCAGCAGACUGUGAUGACGUACAGCUUCCUAUACACACCCCCUCUCAGCAGGCAAGGCGUUUGCUUGAUCAUGUCAGAUCAAAGGGCGAGUCAGCGGCAAAGGUGGUACUGCAUCAUAUUCAGCAGCAGGGAUCUGGAGCAUCACGGACCCAAGAGAAACUGACACCACCAAAAGAGUUGUUCAAGUACCAGAAGAAGCUGAGCAGUUCCGUGUCUGCCCAGUCCUGUUUUCUCAGUACUUAUGGAGGGACCAGCCACAUCUCCUUGGAUGACAUCUACACUGAGGGCCAGCUGGAAUUAGCUCAUGACUGUGCUGAUGCACAUGGACCUUUGGACUUGGAGGACAUAAUCGGUGCAGUGGGUACAGUUAACAAGGAGGCUGAUACGGUGCUGGUGUCUGGUGAGGCAGGCAGUGGGAAGAGCACCCUACUCCAGAGGCUGCACUUGCUCUGGGCUCGUGGGGCAGCCCUCCGGGACUUCCUUCUCCUGUUCCCAUUCAGCUGUCGCAGGUUGAACUCGGAGCACCGGGAACUGUCUGUCCAAGAGUUGCUGUUUCAGCAUUGCUGCUGGCCAGACAAGGAGCAGGAGGAGAUUUUCCAGUUCAUCCUGGACCACCCACAUCUCACCCUCUUCACUUUUGAUGGCCUGGAUGAGCUCAAGCAGAGGUUUUCAGACGAGCACAGGCUCUGCUGCCCCACCCAGCGUGCACCUGUUCAGAUACUAUUAUUCAACCUAAUGCAAGGAUCACUAAUGAAGGGGGUGUGGAAAGUGGUAACUAGUCGUCCAGAGGCAGUGGGGCCUUUGCUGAGAAAACACCUUCGCAAAGAGGUCUUUCUGAAAGGUUUCUCCCCAAGUGGGAUUAACUGUUUUGUGAAGAAGCAUCACAGUGACCCAACUGUGGCUGCUAAGGUUUUGGAGUCCCUGCAGACAAACACAGCUUUACUUGGACUGUGUCAUAGUCCAGUCCUCUGCUGGAUUGUGUCACAGUGCCAUAAGGAGUUGCUGGGCGGUGGAGAGGGUAGUCUACAAACAAUCACAGACGUUUAUAUGAUGAUCUUGCAGCACUUUUUACAGCGCCGAAGCACCCUGAAAAAUGCCACGGGGUCCGGUUGGCUUCAGGAGGACCUAAAAACAGUCUUGCAUCUAGGACAGCUUGCGUUUGAUGCCAUAGGAACCACCUGUUAUAUCUUCUCAUGUACAGAUCUGAAGACAUGCGGUGUAACUGAAAAGGAUAUCGGUCUGGGCUUUCUCAUUCAAAGCAAAUAUAUGUCCUCUUCCAACAGUAAACACUAUGAAUUCCUUCAUCUGACUAUGCAGUGUUUCUUUGCUGCUCUGUACAUUGUUUUGUCGAGUCACACUGACCGUGCUAUCCUCAAGCUCUUCGAGCUGCAGGACAUGAGAGAGACAAGUCAGAAAGGCCAAUGCUUCUGGGCCUGCUUGCCCACCACUGCCCAACAACAGCAGACUCAAGGGGCAGAAGCUUCAGCAGCCGAAACAACAAAUCUUCAAAUCACGGCCACCUUUGUGUCUGGAUUACUGUCCCCGCACCAUCGGAGCCUGUGGCUCUUCUGCUGCCCCAGUUCUGUGAUGGAAAAAAAGAUCAAACAGGUUUCGAGAUGCCUGUCCAAAGGGAUGCAGAAACACUUCAAGUCUAUCCCUCAACCUGUAGCAGGGGAGAAAAAGAGCAUGCACGCCAUGCCCGGCUUUGUCUGGCUUAUCAAAUGCAUCUAUGAGAUGCAGGAGAACAGAAUUGCCAAAGAUGCUAUCAGUAAGCUGGAUGUAGACCACCUGAAACUGACCUACUGUGACAUUGGUCCUGUGGAGUGCACUGCACUGGCCUAUGUGCUCCAGCACUUAAGGAAACCUGUCGGCCUCCAGCUGGACAACAACUCUGUAGGUGAUGUUGGAGUGGAGCAGCUGCUUCCCUGCAUGCAUAUUUGUAGUUCCCUGUACCUCAGAAAUAACAACAUCACAGAUCAGGGCAUCUGCAAACUGAUCGCUAAAGGUAUCCAGUGUGAAAACUUCCAGAAAAUUGCGCUCUUCAACAACAAGUUAACUGAUGCCUGCACUCAGCACUUUUCUCAUCUUCUGAAGACCAAGCAGAAUUUCGUCUCUCUGAGGCUGGGCAACAACAACAUCACAGCAGAAGGAGCAAAGCAGCUUGCAGAGGGGCUGAAAGUCAAUCGUUCACUCAAAUAUUUAGGGCUUUGGGCCAAUAAGAUAGGUGAUGCAGGAGCAGAAGCCAUGGCCAAAGCACUAGAGCACAGUCAAUCUCUGAUUUGGUUUAGCCUGGUGGGUAACGGAGUAGGGGAUGCAGGAGCGUGUGCCCUCGCCAACAUUAUCAAGAACAGCUCGUCACUGCAAGAGCUUUGGCUGACAGAAAACUGCAUAACGAGAACGGGAGUGGAAUGUCUGAUUCAAGCCCUGGAACACAAUGCACACAUGAAAUCAAUAUGGUUGAGAAACAAUGACCUCAGUUCGGCAGAGGAGGAAGAGAUGACGCAACGUGAACCGAGACUGGUUUUCUGA